AUGCGGCAGGAGCGCACGGUGUACACCAGGGAGCAGGUGAGCCAGCUGGAGGCUCUGUUCGCUAAGGAGAAGUAUCCAACCCCGGAGCAGAGGGCGAAGCUGGCGCAAAGGCUGAAAGUAACAGAGGAAAAUAUUAAGGUUUGGUUUAAGAACCGGCGGGCCAGGGUUAAGCGUGAAGAGCUAGCACAACGCAGGCCCAAGCUUCGUGGUCCCAGAGAGCUCUCAGCUCUUGCUGCAGAGGCUGCAGAGGUUGCGGAGGCUGCGGAUGCUGCGGAUGCUGCGGAGGCUGCGGAGGCUGCGGAGGCCGCGGAGGCCGCCCCUGUGCUCCAGGCUUCAGCAGGUUUCCAAGACCCCACACCUGUGCCGUCCGGGGUCUUCCUCGAUGCAGAGCCCACCUUCUCCUCUGCUUCCAGCCAGCAGCAGGCCUGGGGAGAGCCUGGGUGCCACAACCAGGAGGGCGCCCAGGGGGCUGCAGCUCCAGUGCCAGUCCCAGCCUUGCAGGAAGACCUCCUCUUCCCCGACGACUGCUUGCCAGAUUCUCUGUUGCUCUCGGCCGCCCUCCAGUUUCCCCAGAAGUCAGACUGCUUGGAGGACUUCACUGACUCUGACGCAGAGACCCUGAUGCAGGAGAUGUCAGACAGCUUGGAGGUCCUGGACACCAAGGACCCAGGGCACCCCUGA